UUCUGCAAAUACUAGGCUUCCUGGGACAGGCGAGGAACAGAGUCAGUAGGGAAGAACUACACGGUGGUGAAGGAAGAAGAACUUGAAUUUGAUGUGUUAGUGCCUUUACUCUUGGAGAGGCAAGGCUGUCACCUAAAGAUGCUGACUCUUCUGCUACUUCUCCUGGGACUGGGUUCUGUGUUCGGUGCUCUCCUCUCUCAAAAGCCAAGCAGGGCCAUCUGUCAACGCGGGACCUCCGUGAUGAUAGAGUGUCAUCAGGUUGAUAGCCAGCUCACCUGGAUGUACUGGUACCGUCAGCUUCCAGGACAGAGCUUGGUGCUGAUGGCUACCUCAAAUCAGGGCUCCAAGGCUACUUACGAGAGGGGGUUUACUGAGGACAAGUUUCCCAUUGACCGCCCGAAACUGGAGUUCUCAACUCUGACUGUGAGCAACGCGAGCUCCGAAGACAGCAGCUCUUAUUUCUGCAGUGCUGGAGACACAGUGCUAGGCACAGAUCAAAGGUCUCAGCAAGAACCUCUCUCCCUCCUACCCAGCUCCCGGCCAGGUUCUGUGUUCGGUGCUCUCCUCUCUCAAAAGCCAAGCAGGGCCAUCUGUCAACGCGGGACCUCCGUGAUGAUCGAGUGUCGUCAGGUUGAUAGCCAGCUCCCCGAGAUGUACUGGUACCGUCAGCUUCCAGGACAGAGCUUGGUGCUGAUGGCUACUGCCAAUCAGGGCUCCAAGGCUACUUACGAGAGUGGGUUUACUGAAAACAAGUUUCCUAUCAGCCGCCCGAACCUGGCAUUCUCAACUCUGACUGUGAGCAACGCCAGCUCCGAAGACAGCAGCUCUUAUUUCUGCAGUGCUGCAGACACAGUGCUGGGCACAGAUCAAGGGUCUCAGCAAGAACCCCUCUGCCUUCCAUCCAGCUCCCGGCCAGGUUCUGUGUUCGGUGCUCUCCUCUCUCAAAAGCCAAGCAGGGCCAUCUCUCAACGCGGGACCUCCGUGAUGAUCGAGUGUCGUCAGGUUGAUAGCCAGCUCACCUGGAUGUACUGGUACCGUCAGCUUCCAGGACAGAGCUUGGUGCUGAUGGCUACUGCCAAUCAGGGCUCCAAGGCUACUUACGAGAGGGGGUUUACUGAGGCCAAGUUUCCCAUUGACCGCCCAAAACUGGAGUUCUCAACUCUGACUGUGAGCAACGUGAGCUCCGAAGACAGCAGCUCUUAUUUCUGCAGUGCUGCAGACACAGUGCUGGGCACAGAUCAAGGGUCUCAGCAAGAACCUCUCUCCCUCCCACCCAGCUCCCGGCCAGGUGAGCCUGAGAUCCCUGGGAGGCAGACUGGAGGGGGGAAACCACAGAGGCAGCUGCCUGUGUGCUGGUGGGUGGGGUCGGUGUGAAUGGUCUGCUGAGGAUGAGGAGGGAACUGGGGGAUCAGCUGGAGGACUUCAUCCACAGACAGGAAGGGUGACUACUGGAGGCUGAGGAUAAAAUUUCUCCCAGGGGAGUGUUUAGAAAUAGUAAAGACAAUCAGAUACAGUUUGCCUUAAAGUGGCAGAGUCAGAAAUACCCUAUAAGUAUUUUAUCUCUGAGCUAUAUUUAGCCUGUUCUCUAUUAAUAUAGUUCAGAAUGCACUUAGUCAUAUUUAUAUCUUACUGGUCCAUUAUACUGAUGGCAUUAUGCUGAUUGUUCUUGGCAAUGGGAAUUAUAAAGCCCUCUA